CCCCACCCCAUCCUGGGGCCGGUUUCCUCCAGCAGGCACCGCCCCCAAGGGAGUCCCCCUCAGGGCAGUUCAUCCCUGCUGGCUUCUGUGGGUGUGGUUUCUGACAGAUGGCCUGCAGCUGCUUUGUCCCAGUCACCAGGAACUGGUUAUUUCUCCCCUGGCUCCAAGCUAGAGGGUUCUUCCUGGCAGGCUGUCCCCACAGCUUCUCGACAUGGCUCUCAAGGAGAGACUCAGGACCUGGAAGAGACUCUUCUGGUUGCUGAUCCUAUUUGCACUUGGCCUCUUAGGGCUGUACCUGUAUGGGCUCCCUGUAAUCAGGCAUCUGGAAGUCCUCAUCCCCAUGGGUGUCUGCUCUUCUGCCAGAAUGGCCCUGCUGAGAGACAACUUCACGGGUCUCUUGCAUCCCUGGGCCCGGCCUGAAGUCCUGACCUGUACCUCCUGGGGGGCCCCCAUUAUUUGGGAUGGCACCUUCGACCCAGCUGUGGCCCAGCGGGAGGCUCUGCAGCAGAACCUCACCAUUGGUCUGACUGUCUUUGCUGUAGGCAGGUACCUGGAGAAGUACCUGGCGCGCUUCCUGGAGACGGCCGAGCAGCACUUCAUGGUGGGCCAGCGCGUGGUGUACUACGUGUUCACCGAGCGCCCGGACGCCGUGCCCCGCGUGGCGCUGGCCCCGGGCCGCCUCCUGCGCGUGGAGCGCGUGGCCCGCGAGCGGCGCUGGCAGGACGUGUCCAUGCAGCGCAUGCACACGCUGCACGAGGCGCUGGGCGGGCGGCUGGGCCGGGAGGCGCGCUUCGUGUUCUGCAUGGACGUGGACCAGUACUUCCACGGCGCCUUCGGGCCCGAGGCGCUGGCCGAGUCGGUGGCGCAGCUGCACUCCUGGCACUACCGCUGGCCGCGGUGGCUGCUGCCCUACGAGCGCGACGCGCGCUCGGCCGCCGCGCUGGCGCCGGGCGAGGGCGACUUCUACUACCACGCGGCCGUGUUCGGGGGCAGCGUGGCGGCGCUGCGCGGGCUGACGGCGCACUGCGCGCGGGGCCAGCGGCGGGACCGCGAGCUCGGCCUGGAGGCGCGCUGGCACGACGAGAGCCACCUCAACAAGUUCUUCUGGCUGCACAAGCCCGCCAAGGUGCUGUCGCCCGAGUUCUGCUGGAGCCCCGACAUCGGCUCGAGGGCCGAGAUCCGGCGGCCGCGCCUGCUCUGGGCGCCCAAGGAGUACGCCCUGCUGCGCGACUAGUCCCCGACCCCCCGCCGGCCCGGGAAGGGGGCCCCUGAAGCCGUCGGGGCGCCCCGGAGGGCAGCGAGAGCUUGGAUCGAAACAGCCCUGCCCGCCUGGCCGUGGGAUCGUAGCGGUGGGAGGAGGAGGCCCUGGCCUUUGGGGAGCUAGCUGUUCUACAGGAGGGAAAGGUCCCUUUCCUCCACUUUCAACAGCCACCGACGAAGCACCGCGAUAGUAGCGCCUCGCAAGCUGCCCUUCACCUCUGACCUUACUGGGUUCGUCUGAUGCCUCCUGCAGAGCUGUUUUAACCCUUCCCACCCCCCCCCCCAACGCCAGCCCCCAACCCCCUUUUUGAUAAGGAGACUGAAGCACAAAAAGGGAACGUAAGUGCCUAAGGCACAGAGAAGCUGUGAGUCUGUCUGGGCGGCAGCUGGAGAGCCAGGACUGGCUCUCACUCCAAAGAGAGUAGCUUCUGGGUGAACAGGAGAAAGCUGCUGCCACAGAAGAAACAUCUGAGUCCUUGGCUUUGCUCCCCCUGCCCUCAAACAACUUUGUACGUAUUUAAGUAAUAUUAUAAUAAAAUUAUUCCAAAGGUA